UCUUAGUUUGGUACUCUGUCAGAUCUGUUUAUGUUUUCUUAGUUUUUUUUUUUUUCAUUUAAAGUUUCAAUGAUUUUUUUGUCUGGUAUACUGGAAAUUAUAAAGGUAAAUUAUAUGAUAGUGAUUUUGUUUUCUUAGUUUUCUUUCAAUGAGAAUGGAUUCUUUGUCUUUCUAGCCAGCAGAUCUUUGAAUAAAAUUUUAGGUUCUAUAUUUUUACAGGAUAGCAAAGGCUUUGAACAGUUGUAGUGCUAGCACUGGUGACAUUAUCAGUACCACAUUGAGGCUCAAACAAGAGCUUGAAACUAUAAUACACAAACACAAGAGAUUGUGACAUGUUUCUUAUGUGAUUAUCAGCUCUCCCCUGAAGAGGUUUGAAUUAUUGUUUGAUGUUUUACCAUCGGCACGUGGCUUUGUGAAUCAAAUAACUGAAUUAUAUUCUUUCUUAAACUUAAUUUUUGAUCAUCGGUAGAUAAAUGCACUUAGAGAUGAAGAUUUGAAUGAAAAACGUUUUCAAAGUUUUGAGAUAGUAGCUUAAUUGGUUUCACAUGUGGCUCACUUUAAGGCUAUAUGCUAACAAGUGUCUUGCUGUAGGGUGCUUCAAUUUGUUGAAGCUUUGAUGCUAAUAACUUGUUCUCUGUGUUUGAAAUUGAUAAGGGUUACAUAUUUACUUGAUUGCUUAUGACUUUUAUGUUUUUGUUGUUAAAUUAUGUUUUAAAGGGAUGAAGAUUUGAACCAUUUUCUGCACUGAUUUACUUUAUCUAAGCUCGGUAAGAUUAUGAGUUGAACACUAAUAUGUAUAUCAUCGUGUAUAUCAUGGAAUCACCGGUUUGUUGGUGAAUUGGUUUUCAAUGGCCAAAUUAGACUUUCUUUGUUAGUUAUGAGAUUCACUACCAAGAUGACUGCAAUAUCUGUAUUAGAUGCAAUCUGUUGAAUGGUCUUUGAAGGAACCAAAUGCUAUGGGCUUAUCAACUUUAGGGAAGGAUGGAAAACACUCAUCACGGAUAGUAUUGCUAAAAGGCUUCGACAAGGAUGCAUUUGUGUGGUCGGGUGAAUAUCUAUUUGGAAGUUAUAACCAGAAUCUUCCCAGGAAUAUUUCCGUCGUAAAAGAAAUUUUUUCUGGACCUAACCGCCUGGGAACUGAGGAAGCUAUUAUUGAGAUGAUUGACUUCAUGGAAAAACAUGGUGGAAUGGGAAUUGGAACUGACGAAGCAUCAAGCGCAACUACUAGUUAUUAG